GCAGACUUCCUCCCAGCCCAUGGCGGCCUCCCUUCCUCUCCUCGGCUCCAUUGGUGUAGGUGAGCAGCAGUUCCUCCUCUCCUCCAGGGCGUCGCAUCUCCAGUCGGCCUUAUUCCUCCCCCCCAUCCGAGCGCCCAAGCCUGCGCCCUUCCCUGCUCCAUGGGCGUGAGCCUCCACCCCCCUGCAAUAGACGCUGCGCGAGAUCCUCCCAUGGCACCCCUGUUUUCCUAGCCAUGCAGCUCCCUACUCGUCUUCCACCCCGCCGGCAGCUUGGGGUCCGAGCAGGCACAACAGGAGCAUAGCCCCAUGGCGCCCAGGUGUUCUAGAUGCUCUGCUUUGGCCUCGCGAGCUCGCUGCGGGACGCCCUAGCCGCUGCUCGCCCCGACCACAUCUCCCUGGCCGAGCGCUCCCCUGUUGAAGCCCCUUGCCGAUGCCUUGCCCUCCUCCCUCCCCACGGUCUUCUUCCCCAUGGCGUCGGGAUCCCUCCUUCCGACGGCUGUGCUCCUCAAGCGUGCUCUACUCGAGCUCUGCCGGAUCUGCAACUUCCCUGCGCGCGACCGCGGCACAUGGUCCUGUGCUGCCCAUGGCCUCAACUCUCCAGCUCCCUCCAUGGCCGAGCAGGCGCUCCCAGCAGCAGCGAUGCUUGUUUCCUCUCCCUAGCCACUACGCCAUCAUGCUCCCGCUGCCCCUGCCUUUUUUUCCUAAGAGCCGAGCUCCAUUCCUGGCCGUGCCCAGGAAGUCCUGUCCGUGGGUUGGGGCCAAGGCUUUCCCUGGUUGGCCUCGCCGUGAGCAGCACCCCCGAUAUCUGCGCGCGCUGCCGGCUCGCUGUUUUGGGAAGCCCAGUGGACAACACGACGUCGACGCUCACCGGGUGUUUGCUGUUUUUGCGCAGCCCCAUCCGCGACGUCGUUCACCCCCGAAGGCAAGCCGCUCAACGCUCGUCGACGUUCGGAGCUAUGCACAAAUCAGAAUCGCCAUCGUUCUUACAAACGCCGAUUGAGUUUGUUUAUGGAACGAAAGAGGAUGAUCGUGCAAGUGAUGUGGUGCCACCCACAAGAUGCAGUCGGUGGACGAACCAAGGAAGGAUGGACAUAACAAGUGGAUGCUCGCCAAGCGAGUACCUCCCCUAGCAAACACUAUCUAAGUGUUAAAUUAAAGGCAAGCUCUGGUUUUAUGCAUAACCGUUUAUUAUGAUAUUUUACUACACUUAAUGUUUGUAGGUUUAUAAUGUGCACUUAAGUGUAGGAGUUGAUUGAAACCCUAGUUGCAUGAACUCAGGAAUCCUUUUGAGAUGGAUAUUAGUAUGCUAGGUUGAGUAGCUGCUUUACUAAUUAGGGAUCUCGGUAGAAGUCGAGUGAUUUUUCUAGCACUCGUGCGAGGUCAGGACUUGGUUGUAUCCAUUUUGAUAACAGAAUAAUGAUGGUCUAUAGACACGGAUCCAUGGGGAUGCGUUGUCUACGAGAUGAGAAAUUGGAAU